AUGGUGUCUCCCGCCAUCGCUUUGGCCUUUAUUCCUUUCAUUAUCACUGUGAUCAUUCGUUACCGCCAUUACUUUCUUCUCUUCUAUCGCGCCGUUAUUGUGCGUCGUAUUCAGGACUAUCUCACUGGGGUCCCACGAGAGGAGCGAGCCUUUCAAUACGUCAUCACCCACGCUAUCCCCGGAGACCCCCAACAUGUGCUCAAUACAUUCGACCAGUAUUGUUAUCACUGCGAAUAUCUGAGCAACAUCGGACCUCAAAAAGGGAAGGUCCUGGAUCGGCUCAUUUAUGAGAACGCGCCGCUGAAUGUGCUGGAGCUGGGCACGCAGUGCGGUUACGCCACUAUCAUAAUGGCGCAGGCUUUGUCGCUGGGCGCCAGACUGUACACCGUGGACUACAACCCCAGUAAAGCCGCAGUGGCCGAGAAGGUGAUCAGACUGGCCGGGUUUGACGAUGACACGGUGGAGCUCCUGGUCGGGCCCUCCGAUGACAUCAUCCCGCAGCUGAAGGACAAGCAUGGGGUUCAGAAGUUGGACUUCAUCUUGAUGGACCACGGGAAGCGCUGCUACCUACGAGACCUGCAGCUGCUGGAGGAGGUGGGGCUGCUUCGGGAGGGGUCCAUCAUCCUGGCGGACAACGUGCUCUUCCCCGGGGCCCCCCAUUUCUUGCAGUACGUCAAGACCUCCGAUAAAUACCAGCUGAAGAUGCACCGCGGUCACCUGGAGUAUUUCCGAUACAUCAGGGACGGGAUGGCGGAGCUGACAUACACCAAGCUGCAGUGAU